AUGACCACCAAAUUAAAAACGAAAUCUCCCUUAACAACAUCAUCGCUAUUCUCUACAUCAUCGUCCUGGGUAGAUGAUGCGGAAUCCCUUUACUUCAGCCCAAACUUUGCCCAAUACGAAGGCCCGUCGAUGAGCCCGAAAGCCCACAAAUGGCAGCAGGUCCCCAUGCAAUAUGAACACGAAAUGUAUCUCCAACUCACAGCUGGCAACGACGGUGUUGCUGAGAAAACAGCAAAUCAACUCUAUCUGGAGGAACGAAGACGCCGUCUACACUCUCGAUCUCAAGACCCGGCUGUCUCCGGCCCACAACAAAACUGCCCUAGCCCGAUAGACUUCGAAACCGCUGAGAUAGAGAGAAUACGAGCUGUCGAGCGUCAACGUGAGAGCCACUCGAGAUCCACAACAGCGAUCAAGCAAAGUAAUCCGAGGGCCUCUUCCGGACCGAGAACGAUGGCGACAAUGAUGACAAAAGAUGACUGGCUGUUUUGGAUUUGAGAAAGGAACAAUGUACCAUCUUUUUCAUUUUGUCAUUUGUUAUGAGGUAUGACAAGCUUGUUAUCUGGGUUUUACUUUAGUUUAAUUUCCCUGUGAUUUAGUUUUUGUGCUCCUCAUUUAGCCUGGGUGUUGGGAUAGGUGCUAUGUUUAACAAUGAUGGAUUUUUCGGGUUCUCGCAUGCUUCGAUUUCAUAUUACUCGAUGGA